GGGCGCCUGCGCAGUGCGGUGUGGCAGUUCGCGGUGGGGAGCAGCAGUGCGGCACGAGGCGACGAGAGGCCGGUCCAGAUAAAACCCACGGUCAGAGCGGAGAGCGCGCGGAGCACCUCACCUGAACACAGCGGCAGGAGAAGCGGAACAUGACGGACACUGUGGCGAAGGACACGCAGAACAUCUCCCUGCAGGAGCUGUACGUCUCUGACAAGCAGGGCAGUGAUCAGGAUGGAGAUGGGACAGAGCAGAACCCUUUCAAAACUCCCUUGAAGGCUCUGAUCUUUGCUGGGAAGGAGCCGUUUCCAACCAUCUAUGUGGAUUCGCAGAAAGAGGGAGAGCGCUGGGCUGUGAUCUCCAAGACCCAGAUGAAGAAUGUGAAGAAACUCUACCACAGGGAGCAAACGAAGACUGACACCAAAGACCAGAAAGAGGCUGAAGAUGCAGAGAGGAGAGAGAAGAAUCUGGAGGAAGCCAAAAAUAUCAUCAUUGAGAACGACACAAGCCUUCCUGAGCCCAAAACUGUAAAGAUCUAUCAGCUGGAGCCUCUAAGAGAACAGAGAGUGAAGGUGUUCGGCUGGGUCCAUAGGUUACGUCGGCAAGGGAAGAAUCUUCUUUUCAUCGUGCUGAGAGAUGGAACGGGCUUCCUGCAGUGUGUCCUCACUGAUAAACUGUGUCAGUGCUAUAACGGGCUGGUGCUGUCCACUGAGAGCACGGUGGCUCUUUACGGGACAGUGAAACCAGUUCCUGAGGGAAAACAGGCUCCAGGUGGUCACGAGCUUCAUUGUGAUUUCUGGGAGAUGAUUGGCCUGGCUCCAGCAGGGGGUGCUGACAACCUGCUGAACGAGGAGUCGGACGUGGACGUGCAGCUGAACAACAGGCACAUGAUGAUCCGCGGGGAGAACGUCUCCAAGAUCCUGCGCGUGCGCUCCACCGUCACCCAGUGCUUCAGGGACCACUUCUUCAGCCGCGGAUACUACGAGAUAACUCCUCCCACACUGGUGCAGACACAGGUGGAGGGCGGCUCCACCCUGUUUAAGCUGGAUUACUUUGGAGAGCAGGCGUACCUGACCCAGUCCUCACAGCUCUACCUGGAGACCUGCAUUCCUGCGCUGGGAGACACCUUCUGCAUCGCCCAGUCCUACCGAGCUGAGCAGUCCCGCACACGCAGACACCUCUCUGAGUACACCCACAUCGAGGCUGAGUGUCCCUUUAUGAGCUAUGAGGACCUUCUGAACAGGCUGGAGGAUCUGGUGUGUGAUGUGGUGGACCGUGUCCUGAAGUCUCCUGCUGCUGCCCUGCUAUACGACAUCAACCCUGACUUCAAGCCCCCCAAACGGCCAUUUAAGAGGAUGAACUACACUGAAGCUAUCGAGUGGCUGAAGGAGCAUGACAUUAAAAAGGAUGAUGGGACCUACUAUGAGUUCGGAGAGGAUAUUCCCGAAGCUCCGGAGAGGCUGAUGACCGACUCCAUUAACGAGACCAUCCUGUUGUGCCGCUUUCCUGCUCAGAUCAAAUCCUUCUACAUGCAGCGCUGCCAGGAGGACCGCCGCCUCACCGAGUCGGUUGACGUGCUGAUGCCAAACGUUGGGGAAAUUGUCGGAGGGUCCAUGCGUAUCUGGGAUGCUGAUGAGCUCCUGGAAGGCUAUAAGAGAGAAGGCAUUGACCCCACCCCUUACUACUGGUACACUGACCAGCGGAAGUUUGGGUCAUGUCCACAUGGAGGUUACGGACUUGGCCUGGAACGCUUUCUUACUUGGCUGCUGAACCGGCAUCACAUCCGCGACGUGUGUCUCUACCCGCGCUUCAUCCAGCGCUGUCGACCCUGAAGCACCAACACUCACGUUUUGUCCCGUCCAGCCAACUUCUAUAUCACUGGACAUGACCAACACAUCUGAAGGAAUACUUGCCUGCUAACUUAAUUCUAGAGCAGAAAUAGCGUGUCCAUAUUCAAUCAUUUAAUGCAAUUACGGAAUAAUAACUUCUAAGUAUCUGAUGUGAAGUAACUGAAGUAACUGUGUGUAACACUGUUUCCUGUAUUCUGUUAUUUGUCUGGAAAAUAAGUUAGCUUCAGAAUCAGGACAAAAUGAGAAAAGUGGUUGACUGGAGCUUUUUGCAACAUGUAAUGCCAUCUAUUUACUGCUUUCAUGCACUCAAUAAAAGUAUGAAUUAAAGUGA